AUGAAUACGUCUGUUUAGUAGCUUAUCGAGCAGGGUGUGCGCAAAGAUCACCGCAGUAUGGUGUUGGUCCGUCUUCAAGGGCAGACUACAAUCUAGUAAUGCCGGGUGUUCUGAAGUCAAAUUCUCAUUGCUUAGGAUAUUCCGAAAUCGGAAAGAUGGCUUUUAGCUUAGAUCCCGAAUUCAUGAACUUGACCCCUGAUGACGAUUUAGAGGAUAUCACCAAUACUCUGUUUGAUUCAUUGCCACUGUCUCAAACUACACAAAGCUCAGAGGGCUUGGACAGUGACAAUGAAUUGCCUGACAAUGAGGCAGCAGUGGACUUGAUUAAAUAUCUUGAUAGUGAUAACACAGAUAUAGAGUUUCAAGCUGGCCUUGAUGGGCUCGGCAACCCCAAUGACCUUCUCACCCUUAACAAAUACAACAGAUUCCGUGUUUCCACUAGACUUGAUCCAUUCAUGGGUAUUGGAGGACAAUCUAGUUCUUCUGAUUCUGUAGGAUCUCGUUUGGAUUAUGAUUCAGAUCAUCUGCCCCUGCAACAAUCUCUUCAGCAGCAGCGUUUCAGUGCUUGGAAUACCUCACCAAAAGUUGAAGAACCCUCUGAUAUAUUAAACAAGAGCGGUCUAGCCAGUUUGUUUGGGAUUACCGAGGAUGACCAAGAAGAUCACAUAUUUCCAGACACACCAUCCCCUUCCAGCCGCUCAGGAUCAGGAUCAGGCACGGGUGAUGACAGUGAUGUGGACAUUGAGACAGUUACAGACAAUCCCCGUGCUGCUGAUUCCUGUGGAUAUUUUACUCACGAUUCCUCUUCUUCGAGCCCAGCAGGAUCACCAGCCCCUUACAAGGGCAAGUCCUCUGUCAUGUCAGCUGCAGCUCGUCUCAGUGCAGAGACAUCCCUCUGUAAAUCUUCUGGGUUCUCUUCAUUUGGGGUCUCUAGCUCUGCAUCCCUUGCAGAAAAUCUUAUGAUUGGGCGUACCAGUCAUCUUGGCAAGAGGAAAAUGCCUAAGGAAAAGAAAAGCGGCUACAAGUCACCCACACCAUCCUACACUCACAUUUUGUGUAAUAGCAACAGUGUAAAUUUUCACGACUAUGCUAUGAGUCCUGGUGCAUCUACCUCCUCUACCGAAACUGGGAGGCCUACAGUUAUGACCAAGAGGAUUUACAAAAGGAAGCAAACUUCUGUGGAUUCCUCCGACAAAGAAAAGCAGCACCAUCACAACCAGCUUGAGAGAAAUCGUCGUCAGAAGCUUGCAGAUUUGUUCAUUGACCUGAGAGAUGAGGUUCCUAAAAUAGCCAAUCAGGCUAAGGCCUCUAAAGUGGUGAUUUUAAAUGAAUCAACUUUAUACAUUCGUGAACUUCAAAAACAUGAACGUAAACAGGAACAUGAUAUUUCCGUGGAACAACAAAAAAAGGAAAUGUUAGAAAAACAGCUUCGGCACCUCAAGGCAAAAUAUCAAAUAGAUAUUUAAAGUAAAAACAUUUUGUAAAUAUUUCUAAACUACCUAUGCAUUUUUUGUUUUUUGGGACUAUUGCUCUGUGUAAAUGCCUGGACUGUACACUUGAAAGCUUUUGCUUAACUGAUUCUAUGUGACUACAUUAUUGAAUGGAGAGAAGCCUGGUAUAUGUUUAGGGCAUUUUCUCAGUUGUAUCACUGCCUUUCCCACAUAAGCUCUUUACUUUCAAUGAUAUGGUUUUGUUUUUCUCUGUACUUUCAUUUUCAUGCAUUUUGUUUCCAGUGUAUUAUUUAUGUAAAUAUAUAAAUACAUAUAACAUUGCCUUUAAUUAUAUAAAUUAUAUUUGUAAUAAUUUUCCAAAUGGUACAUGUUUGAAUGUAUAUAGUAAAGUGUGCAAUGCAAUGUAUUGGUUUGUAGAUAAAAUUGACUUUGUUUAUAUGAUAGUUGGUGGUGAUAAUUUUUGUGCGUGUGUGUGCACUACUUAGGCAUUCAAAUACUAGUAGCAUUUGUUAGUUGGCAUUUGUUUUUUAAUUUGCAUUGUCUUUUUUUUUAUAAGUAAGUGGCAUUUGAACUGUAUUUCUUUCAUAUUAUUUUUUGUUAAAACAAGGAUUUGUCUUAAGAACUUUUUAAAGUUUCAAGCAUUUUGUGUGUUUUAUAUGUACAUUUUUUUUUUCAGUUGAUGUAUAUUGACUCAAAUUGAGAACUGAAAUUUAAGUUCACAUUUAGUUCAUGUGUUCUCUUACAUAGAAUAGAGAUUUGUACUUUUUUGUAUAUAUUGUGUAAACUUUGGCACAAAUUUUUGUUUGUCAAAAACUUUUUCUCUCCCCUAUAUUCUUCCACUGAUGAAAAUUGAAAUUCCUGUAUUUCUUUCUUUGUUGAAGCAUUUGUAACUAGACAUUCUCUUUUUAUUUGUUCAAGUUUUUUUUUUUUUUGUUUUAAAUAAAAGAAGGAAAAGUA